AUGUACAAACAUAUAGAGAAUGAACAACUUCAGUAUCUUGUUCAACUUGAAGAACAACAGUCAAAUUCAUCAUUAGAUAAAAUUAUUCAUUCAUAUAGAGGUCAAAUUAUAUCGAUUGAAGAACUUGAAAUCUUCCAAUCUAGUGUUAGACAAUAUGUAUAUCCAUUAAUAGUUUUUUUUUCUACUAGUAAAAACAAACAAGUGGGACUUACAUGUGCUCAAUCUAAUGACCCAAAUACUUCAUCUCAAAUACCAGUUAUAUUUAUAAUUGAAUCAGAUAUUGAUUCACCCAUAUCUACAGCAUCCUUUGCAGAUAUACAACAUUUGAUUCAAUUUGAUAACGAAGAAGUUCUAUUUAUGAUUGGUGCUGUAUUUCAUAUAGUAGCUGUAAAAUUAGAUAGCGAUAUUGAUAAUUUAUGA